UCUACCCCUCUCCUCUCUCUCUCUCUCUCUCUCUCUCUCUCUCUCUCUCUCUCUGAAAUCUGAAUCCGAAACGGAAAAAAUGCACUCCGUAGCGUAUCGGCUCAACACCCUUGUGAGCUUCUCGGUCCUCCCCUUGGCGUUGAUGCUCGCUGCCGCCUCUUUCCUCGAUGGGUUCAACUCUCCCACUGUCCAAGCCCAUGCCCAGAUCCACAAGAUUCGUCGAUUUCGGAAACAAGUAAAUGGAGCUGAUGAGGUAAAUUUGUCCUUGAACAUUUCUAUGGACAUGGAAUCCUUGUUCACAUGGAACACGAAGCAGGUUUUUGUCUUUGUGACUGCAGAAUACCAAACUCCAAAGAAUUCACUUAACCAGAUUUCACUAUGGGAUCAUAUUAUCCCUGAUAAGGAACAUGCGAAAUUCCAAAGAGUAGUUCCAAAUAAGUAUCCUCUCAUUGAUCAGGGAAGCAAUCUUCGCGGUAAGAAUAUUGAACUUGUUCUUCACUGGCAUAUAAUGCCUAAGUCAGGGAAAAUGAUUCAAGAUAAGAUGUCAUUGUCCACUUUCAAUCUGCCAGAGGCAUACUCGUAGUUAGCUGCAAACAUGUACAUUUCUUGUUACCCUUGAUAGUUCAUGGGCAGUGAUAAAUGAUAUCUAAGGAUGAGGUUUUAUCUAUAUAAACUUCUUAUGUUUCAUUUGUUUUUGUUUUGGAUAUCUGUUUUAUUGCAUUUUGCGAGCAUGAAAAGUAUUCAAAGAAUGUUUGUCCA